AAAAAAAUCCCCAGAUCUUGGAUUGCGGUGCAGUGUACGGAUUAUAUGCUUUUGGUUGUCGUCUCAAGAUAGCACAGUCGCUCCAUUGGCACCCUAUACACAAAAAGCAACAAAACAGCACCCACCCCUUCUGCCCUCCUCACGGUUCUCGAAUCUAAUCGCAACUCUCACCACCCGAUACGAGACCCAAACCGACGACCGCCACAAUGCCCAAGUCAAAACGUGCCAGGGUCUACCACCUUACCCAGGUGUCCAAGAAGACACGCGAGCAAAAGGACAAGCUCUUUUCCAGCAUCCGCGAGUGCAUCCCGCAAUACCAGCACUGCUUCGCCUUCAGCGUCGACAACAUGCGCAACAACUACCUCAAAGAAGUGCGCCACGAGCUGUCCGACUGCCGCAUGUUCUUCGGCAAGACGAAGCUCACCGCCCGCGCGCUCGGCACGACGCCCGAGGACGCGCAGGCGGACGGCAUCGACGGGCUCGCGCGCCACCUGACGGGGGCGGUCGGCCUCCUCUUCACCAACCGGGACCCGGAGGAGAUCAUCUCGUACUUCGACUCGCUCUCGCACGUCGACUUCGCCCGCGCCGGCACCGUCGCCCCCCGCACCGUGACCGUGCCCCCCGGCGUCGUCUACUCCACCGGCGGCGAGGUGCCGCCCGAGAACGACGUCCCCAUCGCCCACACGCUCGAGCCCGAGCUGCGCCGCCUCGGCAUGCCCACCCGCAUGGUCAAGGGCAAGGUCUGCCUGGGCGCCGACGAGAGCGGGGAGGGCCGCGUCGGCGGGUACACCAUCUGCAAGGAAGGGGACGUGCUCGACUCGCGGCAGACGAGGCUGCUCAAGCUCUUCAGCAUCUGCCUGAGCGAGUUCCGCGUCGCCCUGCUGGCCUACUGGAGCGCCUCGACCGGGAACGUGACCGACUUGGAGGCCGGGAAGCAGCGGCUGGCCAGGUUGCAGCAGCAGGGCAAGGCCGGCGCCAAGGACAAUAAUGCCAAGGAAGAGGGGGAUGAGAUGGACGAGGAUGAAGAGGAGGAUCAAGACUGAACGGAUU